AUGGUGGAUCCUUCCAACAGCCGUCAUAUUACACAAGUCUUCAAUUUGCACCACGACCUAUACUUGCCCAGCGACAUGUCAUCUCGAACGUACUGGAUCAACUCACAAAUCGCAGUGGAUGAUCGAGCUCUAGCGGCGGGCGAUGGCUGCCACCGCGAAGAGGCCAAAGCUCUGGACGAUUAUCUCUCUAACGAUCUGACUGUACAAGAAGCUGCAGAGAGAAUUGUAUCAUUCGUCCUCGGAGAAGCAGACCCUGCCUCUGAGCUGUACCGACUCUGGAGCUUAUUAUCUGAUGCACUAGUGGAGCUGACAGACAAUCGCCAAAAGAUACUCGAACUUCUUGCUGCCAUGCAGUCGUUGCCCUCAGACGCAUGCAUCGAUUGGUCUCAGCUGGCUGACUUUGGCGUUGUGUGGAGUGACCUCAACCGCCUACACCUCCACGGUCCAGAUCCAUGGGAGAAGCAGAGCUGGACUGAUGACAGGAGAGCCGAGCUAUGUCAUCACUUCAAGACCGUUGGGAGAAUCGAGGCUGAGAUGUUUCUUCGUGGCUUGGGUGGUGUCACUGCAGACUGGGGAUACGAGGUGAUCAACUUGAGUCUGCCGCUAGAGGAGACUAGAAGCUAUACAAGGCCGGUGCUCGGUGCGAGAAACGGAUUGCAGCAGGCUGUAACUUGUACUAUGUGUGAGCACUGGCAAACAUGGAAGGAAGCAUUAUUGGAGCUUGGUGGAGAUCGGAGUCCGCUCUCGGCAGAAAGCAGAAACAUAGCAGCUCUCUCGCAUCCAGCAACCUUGCAAGUACAGACACCACAAUGUGAAAUGGCCGACUGGAGCACGCUCUACCUCGCGGCUCUGGAUGUCCGCGAUAGACGCGAAUUUACACACAAAUCAUGUAUCGAUGCCUACACCCGUCUCGCCGACCGUAAGAGCACCGCUCCAGCUUCUGCAAUCCCUGGAACCACUCCCGCCAUCUCUUCAGACCAAGCCAGUAAUGAUGAGAUCAACCGUCUGCGUCAAGAUCUGAGCACCACCCAAGCCGCCCGCUCAGCCCUCAGCACCCAACUCCUCGCAUCUCAAACCACAAGUGCCUCUCUCACCACCUCCAACGCCACCUUAACCCAACAACUCACCUCCGUACACCGUCAACUCGCCUUCCUCGAGCGCAAACUCAAAGACCGCGAUGAAGAGCUCAGAGAAAAGAAGAAACUUGCCGAGAACGUGCAGGAUGAGGUUGUGGCGCUGACGAUACAGUUGAACGCUGUGGACAGAGAGAAAGAAAAGUUGAAGGGUGACAAUGCAGAGCUGGUGCGGAGAUGGAUGGAGAGGAUGAGGUCGGAAGUUGAGAGGACGAAUCGUGAGAGUGGGUGGGAGUGA